UCACCCGUGCCCACCGGACACCCAUGCACGUACGAUGACGGAGUUUUGUGACGACGUUAUCAAGCUGUUUCCGCUGCGCGCGAUUCCGGACGUGAUAAAGCUGUUUCGUCAGCAGCUAAACAAUCGAGAGGAGGAACCGGACCUAACGCUGCUCUCGAUCGUGACGGGGUUGAUCGAACAUUCGCUCACGACGAAGGUGCUCGAAUCGAAUUCUUCAGCGUCAUCCUCCUCACACAACAACAACAACAAUGGAGAGGGAGGAAAGGCCAGCAGUACGGUGGAUACAGGUGGCAACUUCCCCGUCAUCCGGUACGACACCGUGGAAGGGCUGUACAAGCGAUUUAAAUCCGUACUGGCACCGAUCGAGAAAUUGCUCGUGAAAACGACCACCGAUUCCAAGUUUGCCAGCCGGGAGAUUAUCAAGAAAGUGUCCGAUAUUAUCUGGAACUCGUUGCUUCGCAGCUCGUACAAAGAUCGAGCACAUCUGCAAAGUCUGUACAGUUACCUGUGUGGCAAUAAGCUGGACUGUUUCGGGGUUGCGUUUGCCGUGGUGGCCGGAUGUCAGAUGCUGGGCUACCAGGAUGUCCAUCUAGCCAUUUCCGAGGAUCAUGUGUGGGUCGUGUUUGGGAAGACGGGCGAUGAAACGAUCGAGGUAACGUGGCACGGUAAAGGAGCGGAAGAUAAGCGGGGCCAAUCGGUUGCACCGGGUAUAGAAUCGCAAACGUGGCUCUAUGUGGCAGGCAAUCCAGUUGUUUGCAAUCGAUACAUGGAGGUGGCGGCCAUCGUUUCGGCGAUCAAUCCUUCCCUAACGGCCACAAGCGCCUGUCUGGAGGUGGCCGAUUUACAGCAGCAAUUGCUGUGGCUGCUGUACGAUAUGGGACAUCUGAAGAAGUACCCAAUGGCACUGGGUUGCUUGGGUGAACUGGAAGAGGUGGAACCGACACCGGGAAGAAAGAGCUGCGAGGAGUUGUACAACGAAUCGGUUCGGUCGGCCCAAACGUACUACCGGAACCAUCAUGUGUAUCCGUACACGUACCAGGGUGGGUACUACUAUCGGAAGAAUAUGUAUCGGGAAGCGUUCGCUUCCUGGGCGGACAGUAGCGACGUUAUACGGCUGUACAACUACUCACGUGACGAUGAAGAAAUAUACAAAGAAUUCCUCGACAUUGCCAACGAGCUGAUCCCGCAAGUGAUGAAGCUGGAAAGUUCGGGUCAUUCGGCCAAAAGCAUUCUGCGCGAUUCGUCCUGCUUUGCUAACUUGUUGCGCUUUUACGACGGAAUCUGCAAAUGGGAAGAAUGCAGCCAAACACCGAUCCUUCACAUCGGUUGGGCAAAACCGUUGGUUGCUACGAUCGCAAAGUUUGAUCAUGAUAUCCGUUCGCAGGUGAGCAUUAAAUGUGCCGAUCAGGAACCGCAAGCGCAACCACACGGGCACGAAAAUGGCAAAAACGGAACGGAAGAUUCCACGUUACAUCAUCAUCAUCACAACAAUAAUAAUAUUGCGAAAGUGGACGCUAACGUCCCGAAUGGAGGCCGAAGCAAUGGCAGUAGCACCGUAAAAGGAAGCUCGCUUCCCAAAUCACUCGAAGCCCUUGUUGGGAAAUGUGGCGAAAAGCUAUUAAAUCCCGAAUUUCUCCUGCAAGGUGGUGGACAACCGUUUACGACGGAAGAAAGUGCUGACCCAUCAUCGGAUGGGGAGAAUACUACUGCGCCGGUGACAGGCGAAAGCAACGGAAAAUGUGACGACGCUACUAUAAAGUCGGAACAGGAUGCAGAACCGGGAAAGGUUACAAAAAUAGAAAAACGCGAAACAGCGGAGGAUGAUAUGGAACCGAAACGGCCGAUCAUUGUGCUGUACAGCCAGAAGAUGAAAGGUCUGAAGGAUCUGCUGCUGACGGAGAAGCUAAACACGAACGCGAUCUCGCUACAAAUAACGGCCCAGAGCCAGGUGCAGGUAGGUGGGAAGAAAUUGCGCGGAUCACAUAUGGCAUCGCUCGGUAGCGUUGGUUCGAUUGGAGGUGGUGGAUCCACCGCUGGGGGAGCAAUAAGCAUUAGCGAAGGAAUCGAAGGUAAUACGCGACCGAAACGGGCGCGAAGAGAAUAAGUCUCACUUUUAAAUCUUAAGUCAAACGUAAUUUAUUAUCGUACG